UACUCGACACAAGCUUCCAAGCCUCGACACGGAAAGACACAUCACUACUUAGAAGAUACAAUGCAUGGGGAAAAGAUGGAGCACAGAGACAACGGCUUCAACAUCUUGCUGGCCACCGACUCCUACAAGGUAACGCAUUACAAACAGUACCCUCCCAACACGAGUAAAGUGUACUCCUACUUCGAAUGCCGUGAGAGGAGGACGGACCCCGCCGAGAGCAGAAAAGGCAAAUAUGACCAAACUGUCUUCUACGGCCUGCAAUACAUCCUAUUGAAAUACCUGAAAGGAAAGGUUGUGACUCCGGCGAAGAUCCAGGAGGCGAAGGAGGUUUACAGAGAACACUUCCAGGAUGAUGUUUUCAACGAGAAAGGCUGGACUUACAUUUUGGAGAAAUACGAUGGACACCUGCCCAUCGAAAUCAAGGCGGUGCCAGAGGGCAGUGUCAUUCCCCGAGGCAACGUCUUGUUCACCGUGGAGAGCACAGAUCGUGAGUGCUACUGGCUCACUAACUGGGUGGAGACAAUCCUGGUUCAGAUCUGGUAUCCCAUCACUGUGGCAACCAACUCCAGAGAGCAGAAGAAGAUCCUGGCCAAGUACCUCUUAGAGACUUCUGGGAACUUGGAGAAACUUGAGUUUAAACUACAUGACUUCGGCUACAGGGGCGUCUCAUCCCAGGAGACUGCAGGCAUAGGGGCCUCCGCCCAUCUGGUCAACUUCAAGGGCACAGACACGAUCGCGGGCAUCGGAGUCAUUAAGAAGUUUUACGGAACCAAGGACCCCGUGCCAGGCUUCUCAGUGCCUGCUGCAGAACACAGCACCAUCACAGCUUGGGGAAAGGACCAUGAAAAAGAUGCCUUUGAGCACAUCAUGACGCAGUUUCCCAACGUGCCCGUAUCCAUAGUCAGCGACAGCUAUGACAUCUACAAUGCCUGCGAGAAGAUCUGGGGAGAAGACCUGCGGAGUCUGAUAGUGAAGCGCAGCGCGGAUGCUCCGUUGAUCGUUCGACCAGACUCGGGAAACCCACUCGAUACAGUCCUGAAGGUUUUGGAGAUCCUGGGUAAAAAGUUCCCCCCAACGGAGAACUCCAAAGGUUUUAAGGUUCUCCCUCCUUACAUCAGAGUCAUACAAGGAGACGGAGUUGACAUCAACACCCUGCAAGAGAUCGUAGAGGGUAUGAAGCAGCACAGGUGGUCCAUCGAGAACAUUUCCUUCGGCUCCGGAGGGGCUCUCCUGCAGAAACUGACCAGAGAUCUGCUCAACUGCGCCUUCAAAUGCAGCUACGUGGUCACCAAUGGACUCGGGGUGAACGUGUUCAAGGAUCCAGUGGCAGACCCCAACAAGAGGUCAAAGAAAGGUCGCCUGUCUCUGCACCGGACGCAGAGCGGAGACUUUGUCACCCUGGAGGAGGGCGAGGGCGACCUGGAGGAGAACGGCGUGGACCUGCUGCACACAGUCUUCCAGAACGGGAAAAUUGUGAAGACGUACACAUUCGAUGACGUCAGAGACAAUGCUAAGCUCAAGGAGAAGGAGCUUGAAGAGCUGCUGUACUGAACAGCACCUCUAAGCCCCCCCCCCAACCCACCAUAAACAGUAUAAUAAUAAUAACCAGAGUUGAAAAAACGUUUUUAUUCAUGCUUAUUCAAAAGUUGUAUUGAUGGAAAAAACUUAAAAUACACAAGCAGCUUAUGGAAUAAUAAAUCUUUACAUGUGUAUCAUGUAGAACAGAAACAAUUAUAAACGAGAAACUGACAGCUUAAGGAGAAGAAGUCCGAGGCUUGAAAACAGCCAAAGCUGAGAAAGUAAGAAAAAUAAGCUGAUUGUAACAUUAACCUUAAAUGAAUGAUGAUUGCACCCAUGUUGUAUUUCUAGUGUGAUGGUGUUUUGCAUGUAUCUGAACAUGUACUGAUCACUGACUGCUGUUCAACAAUAUUUUAAGGAGUUAGUGAUGUGAUGCUUCUUCAAGUCUUGGUAUCUCAGAAACAGCUCAAAAAGUAUUUUAAAAUAUAGGCUUUUGUGCAACUGUUAUAAUCAGUCAUGAUGUUAUUGUAUUGUACUGCUUUAUUGUCCCAAUUCUGAGAGAGAGACGUAACCUUUGCAAGACAUAAAGUUUCCUUUGAUCUUUGAUCACUGACAC